AUGGAGACAUUUUCUCUGCUACUGCUGGACCUGGGGUUAAUUCUUACAGGAAACUUGGAGAGCACGAUGGAGAUAGUUAAUGGAGACUUUUCAGAAGAAAAGGCAGCAUACAAUAUAACAAAAAGUGGUGAAGGCAAACAAACCAUUGAGGUAUCAAUGAACUUGACCCUGUUAGAUAAAAAUACCAGACUCAGCAAAUUCAAGGAUGUUAUACCUUCAGCAUUGAAAUUCAAAAAGUUACAUUAUAAUUUUCCCAAAAUAAGCAGCAAUGAGUAUUGUAAUGUCAUGAUGAUUGAGAGAAUUGAGUUAGAAGCUAACCGAUCGUACAUAUUGAGAAAUAACCUCAUUCAUGGCACCAUAGAAAGGAUCCGUGGAAUCCACAAGAUCUCUAGCUGCAAGUGGGAACCAAACCUUGGCAUGGUUCGAGGCCAUCCGAUGGAACCACAUUGUGAUAAAAGCCCAGAGCUAGAUACAACCAUGCCCCAGCUCUCUAUAAGAAAACAUUCCCUCAGGUGCCAAUAUCAAAGCAUUACUUCAUUCAAGAAAAUGCUGACAGUUCUGGCAAGUCAUUCUCUAAUGAGCUGGUUAGUUAAUGCUUGCAAAUUGUAA